GUUGAGGGUUGUCCACUGCUGGUGAUAAUUGUGUCUUCGUGGCAAGUUGCAUGAUAAAUUGACCGUAGCAAUCUAAGUGAACGGCGCCUGACUGAAGAAAACGACGGAAUAACAGGGCUAAAAACACUCACAACCACAGGCUUUUGAUAAAGUAUGGAUAACAGUGGCAGCACACCACAUACCAUUAAACGAAAAUUAUCUGACACUUCAAUUGAUGUUGGUCAAACAGGUAAAAAGACACGACUGCAAGUCAUUAUCCCCAGACUCAAACUCUCUGAAGAACAGUUACAAAGAUUACAAAUAUUUACCACAAAACUUCAAAUGGCAUCAGUCAACAAGGAACAUGAGAUUCCCUCAAAUAACAAUGGUGCUGCAAACACAUCAACCACAGAGGAAGUUGCAGAUGUGGUACCAUCAACAACCAAACCAGUAAGGAGAAAAGAAAAAAAUUCUGAAGCAGAGAGUCCUGUGAGGCACAGGUUGUCAGACCUCCUGGGUGGAUUAUCUACUGGCUAUAUUGAGACAUACCCUGAUUGUGAAGAGACGUAUACAGAAAGGAUUGUUUGUGAGCUACCCAAUGGUAGCAGUUGUCUCCAUCCAAAGUCAGUGAAGGCGGGUUUGUUUCAUUCAGAUGAGCCCCUUCCUAAUGAGAAUGGUGACUCUCCAUUUUUAUGGGAAAAAGACUGUAUUACAGUACCUUGCUAUCCAGAUGUUGUGUCUGAGACCUGCCAGCAGGUGAAAGAAGAUUUUGGCAAGACAUUAUUGAAUGACAAUGGCCAAGAGGCUAAUCUCAAAACUGCAACUAUUGAGCAAGAUGACUGGGAUUGGCUGAAAGAGAACCAACAGUUGCAACCUGGUUGUAGCAGUGGUAGUAGCAGUGGCAGUUUUUCACAUGAACCUGAAUCUUUAAGUGCUGAUCAGUACCAGAGUACUGUUGAGGUUAUGAAUUCCCUUCUGACAAGUUUUGCCGAAGAAAAGGAAGCAAAGACACAACUGGAACAACUAGUAUCACAGCUAGAAGAAAAGAACAAAGAACUUGUUUCAGAGUGUGAAAACCUAAGGAAGCUUGUGAAUGAUUUUCUUCCUCCCUCAAUGGGGAAACCUGAAACUGUUUCGAGAGGGAUUCAAAUUAAUAUGGACUUGAGUCUCCGCCGCGGAAGAGCUGUUGAUAGAGCAACCUCCCCAUUUAGAACAGGGGGCCCCUCUCCAGAUGUAACUCUUGUUUCACUUUCUAUCGGAUGUCAGGCAAGCCCAGAAGAAUUAGAACCUCCAAAGAAAAUGGCGUCCAGUUUUUGCCAAACAGAUCCUGUAGUUGUGCCUGGAUUGCAACCACGAUCUUCGACGCAAAAUGCUGUUGCUACAAGGGUGCAAGGGAUUGUCAUGCCUAGCAUCCAGGGAAAAACUCAUAUUCAGCCUCCAGUUAGCAAUCCCAAGCCACCAAACCCCUCUCAAGUGGCACAUAGUCAACCUAUUUUUGGCCAACCUGGAACUGGGAUGAAUGUGCGGCAAGUAACCUUUCAACCUCCACCGUUAACGCAAGGACAAAGGUCAAACGACUUAAUGAGCAAACAGCUUUACACAACUAGCCUAGAUACUCGGUACCCCGUGAAUAUUGCUCAGGCCUCGGGUUACAAUACUGUAGGUUACCAGACUUCGGGUAACAUUGCUGCAAGUUACCAUGCAAGUGUACCGAAUGCAGUUCACUCAAAUUCAAAUUCAACCCCAUUACAGUUGCCUGGAAGUCAUCAAAAUGCUUAUCAUGGUAAUUAUGUCGUUUGGAAUAAAGGAAGCGCAACAAAUCCCUCUUCAAAUGUUCUAGGGCAUGUGCCUCAGCAAGUUAGGUUAAAUCAGUCAACAGGCCAGAGCUUCAGUUCUUUGAAUCAGAUGUUACCGUACACUAGUCAGAGAUCGGCAACGUUUCGCAGUCAGUUCGCAGGACAGCAACAGCGGCCAAAUCAAGCCAUAGCAGGGAACGUUCGUUUUACUUCGACCUUUCCAAACAAUGAAAAGACGACGCCAAAUCAAGAAGUAGCACACGCACAUAGGAAUUCUGUUUCUUUAAACCAAACGUAUAAUAGAAGUUCAUCCUCUACCAGCACUCCCGCACAGUACACAGGAACACAACAGCAUUCUGCUUCGCAGCAGAUGAAUCCUAGGCACUUAGCACAGCUGCUAAGAGAUUCACCACGUGAUGUUCAAAUGAACAUACGACGGUACAAUGAUGAAAUUCAGCGUCAGAUUACGCGUCGAGCUUCAAAAGAGUGGGUGCCAUCGUCCAGGCGCUGUGAACAACCGUCUUCCUCUCUUCAUGGAAUCUCGAAGAGUUUUAAUGAUCAGGUAGCUACUUCACAGCGUGUGGAGGGAGUGUCAUCACAGCGUGGAAGAAUUGAGUUAUAUAAAGGGCAGACGUGCGUUCGUCUAAACCACCCCCCAGCAGCUCCGAAUCUAACAGAGAGGGUACCAGUCAUGUCAAAUUUGAUAGCUAAGGACAAGGAACAAAUACAACAGAAUUUAUCAUCGUCUCUGUCAUCAAACAGCUUCAACAUUGCCCAGGCAACACCAGUCGAUGGAAACUCAGAUAAAAGGGUACAAUCUCACAUCCAAACUUUGAGCCACUAUGGCGAAGUUCAGGCUCAGCGUGUUUACAAUGAGUCACAAGGCACGUCCAGCAAUAAAAACCAGCCACUCAAUGUAGUAAACGAACCGCAUUCUUAUGUAACAGAGCUUCCUAACUCGGGUCAGCAGUCUCAGUUAAUGAUCUCGUAUGCAAAUCGUGUAGUCUCCAUGUCAGAGCAAAGAUCAGCCCCCACCACAGCUAAUCCGCCUCGUCAUGAUGCUGGAAACCAACUGCAGUCCAACCAAACAUCAACAGAUGUUGCAUACUCUAACAGAAGCUUGAGAGGUGGAACGGUUGAACGCAAUGUACAUUUUAGUCAUGAUAUUGCCUCCGGUAGUGUGCAUAGAAAUAUAUCUUCAGGAGAAACAACAGUUCCGAAGGAGAACAUCAGUAGCGAAAGUAGAACCUGGAAAACAACACCAAAUAACCAAAGAAACAAUCCAGAAACGGCUGAUUCACAUUCAAAUGAUGUUGAUGUUGGGCACGGAAAGGAGGAUUUAAGUAGCUCCAUUUGCUCAAGUAAAUUCGCUUCCACACAAAUGGACACUUCAAACCAAGAUGAUAGUACAAACCAGGCAUUUAAGGAUCCGUACAAAAUACCAUCCAAAACACCCGGUGGCGUCUUAGAGGAAACAGUUCAACGACUCAUAACUUUAAAAAAUAGAAUCGCCAACUCGGAAAACUCUUCUGAGAAUGGAUGUGCGUCAGCAAAUUCUAACGGUGAAUCGGUAGUUAACGUUUCAAAGGCAGUUAGUGGCCAAGAGGACAAAGAACAGGUUGAACCUCAAGUAGUAGCUAGUGAAGAACUUGACAGUGAUGGUAAGGAGGUUACCAGCAGUUUGGAGGAUGACAAUAGUUUUCAAGACCCGUACGUAAAUCUUAUGUCCCCGGUGAUACCAAGAAUGACCAUUCCGAGGCGAUCUCGUUCACUCUCACAAAGGCGCAGCCUGGAUGAUGUUGGGGAUGUUUCAAGUGCCUCCAAUGUAGAUUGUUCCUUGUACGGUCAGGGUGGCAGUGAUGAGAACAUUGACCCUGGAGCCUCACAUGAACUAGUUGGCAAUGAAGAGGGUGCAAAAGAAAGUGCAAGAAGUGAGCAAGAAAGUGAAGUAACGUUCAGAACAGAUCCCACUGAUGAGACCGACAGCCGUGAACUUGAAAAUGGAACGUUUGGUGGUAAUGACCAAGACCAUAUUUUUUCUGAGGAUACAGUGGUAGAAGAACAACAAGGUACUUGCAGUACUAAAGAUCAUGAAAUGUAUACACCGACAGACUUGGAAUGUGCGACAUCGGAACCAAGCAGGUUAUCAUUAUCAGUCUCAAACAAUGAAGGAUUAGAACAGUUACUUGAUUCUACACCAAGCGACACUGUGGAAGAAUCACCGGGUAGUUGCAGUACCAAAGAUCAGGAAAUAAUUACUUCGACAAAUUCAGUAUUUGUGACCACAGGACAAAGCAAGCCAUUCGCGUCAGUCUCAAGUAGCCAGCAAGUCGUAGGGACCUCUGCUACCCAGAAUGAAAGAUUAGGGUUACCAACGGAUAUUGCGAAAGAAGCUUCAGUGGAUCUUGACAAUUUGGAACAAGGUGAAUGUAGCCUUAUGCCCCAAGGUAAAGGUUGUGAGGAAGAGAAAAACACAUGUGCGAGCGAAGUAAAUGUCUUCAAAGAAGCUGUAGAUACGCGUAGUGAUACCAGGGGACCAUUCUCAACUUCCCUGAAAGUGGAAGCAAGCUGUAACGAGUGCAUGAGUGCAUCAUCAAAAACGGAUGAUAAAUCAGAUGCGGAAGAAUAUGGAAUGUGCGAGAUGACUACUAAAGGUCAAAUCUCGCCCUCCGUAGCCGACAUGAAAUUAACAAAGACACAGCAUUCAAUGAAUGUACCUCUUCCCUUAGGAGAAAAACUGGAGCAGAGUAAAGAAAUAUCAAAUUCUUUAGCAAAAAAUGGUCUAAAUGAAGAAAGCGCUUCCCCCAACAGAACAAUCAAAUCCGAAGAGAUAAAUUUACUUCCGAUUCCUCAAGUCGCUCUGCGUUUGGAGAAUGGAAGCACUGCUAUUCUUAUGUGGAACGUACCUCCUAAUAGCAAAGUUACGGAUAUAAAUUCUUUUGAAGUUUUUGCACUAAUGGUGACUCCAGAUGAACAGGGGAAGUCACUUGCUCGGUGGGUGAAAGUUGGCCAACUGAAAGCAAUAAAACUUCCCAUGGCAUGUAGAAUACGUCGUUUGUUGGGAAAAAAGGCUUCACUUCACCAUUUCAUUGUCCGGGCGAUUGGUAACGAUGGACAAACUGGGCCUUAUAGCUUACCAGCUGCUGCUUCAUAAUAAUAACGUGUUCUGUUGGAAUGACUGUUUGAUGCGUCUUACCUGGAGCAUUUAUUGAUCAUAAUUUAUCUGCUCGAUGUUACCCUCAGCAUAUUCAAAAGUUAGUUCUAGAUUUUUAUGUUAGAGCUGAUGUUGAAUGUCGCUGUGAAAAUCUGGCCCCUCAAUUAAGAUUCUUGGGAAACGUUUCUUCUUUUAAAAGAAAAUGAGAAAGUGUCUCCUGAUUGAGCCCUGAUUUUGUCAAGCAGCGGUAAACGCGUAAAUUAGCAAGUUCUUUUAAUUGUUACCUCUGGGUUUUGGAAAUUUAACCUCU